CUGUGCGAAGCUCAUUCCUCGAGCUUCCACCCCUGAGGGUAACACGGCUCAGUGCUCACUGGCACAGGGACGAGGCCACCACCACCUUCUGCCACAGAGACAUGGAGCAAGAGACAUUGGAGCCCUUUUUCAAAGUGGUGAAAGCCCUCCUGGUGCUGGACAGCGAUGGCUACCGUCUCUAUGGCAAGUACUUUGAUGACGACGCCUUCUGCGGUCCAGAAAGACAGAGCGCGUUCGAAACGAAACUUUUUUCCAAAACCAAACACACAGACAACGAGGUGAUGAUGCUGGAGGGCUGCACAGUGCUGUAUCGUCCCAGCAUGGACGUUUGUGUCUAUGUGGUGGGAGAAUCGUGCGGCAAUGAGCUCAUGCUGCUGUCGGUGCUGGAAUGCUUGCUCAAGCUGCUCAAUCUCAUGCUGGGGAGCGUGGAGAGGAGCGCUGUGCUGGAUAACAUAGACGCCCUCCUCCUUGCUGUGGAUGAGAUCGUGGAUAGAGGGGUGGUGCUGGAGGUGGACGCUGAGGCUGUCCUGAGCAGGCUGCAGCCCAAGGUUAACUACAUACCUGUGACGGAACAGACGAUGUCCCAGCUCAUGCAGACUGCCAAGCAGCACAUCAAGUGGCCGCUCCUGCAGUGAGCGUGGUGUCAGAGUGAUGUGCGGCAAAUGGGAUGGCGUGCUGGACAUUACGUUACUGUGCCUGUGGUGGCAAGGAGUGUUAUCUCCCUCGCCUGGUAUGCAGGGGGAUCGUGUGGUUCGACCCUGACACCUGCUGUAUUUUAGGAAUUUGCAUGUUUUGUCCCCCCGGGUUUUUCCGCCCUCCACAUUUAGAAUCAAAAUGC